AUGCUGCCGUUUUUGAUAUCUGCCGUGGCACUUGCCAGUGCUGCUUCGGCAACCACCCACGCCGGCAUCCCGACUGUGUCCUUUGAGCUCUCGAGUGAUGGUAGUCUUGAUUUUUCGACAAUCGCCACUAUCAUCGUUGACGAGAAGAACGCCGAUGCCGUCGACACCGACGGCCUGACCUUGAUUCCGCCAACGCUCCUCGACUUUGCAGGAACCUUUGCGGAGGACCUGGUGUCGGUGCUUGAUUUCAAGGUCGCUGUGAAAGUCGGUUCGGCUGCAUCGGCUGGCGCCAAUGCCAUUUUCCUGACGCUUGGGGACAAGAGUGACUAUCUAGAUGUGGCCGGCCGCCAGACUUCGGAGGGCUAUUCGCUCGAGAUUGCUGCAGAGGAGGGUAUCACCAUUACGGGCGCGAGCCCGCUCGGCGUCUGGUGGGGCACUCGCACCAUCGUGCAGCAGCUGCUGCUGCACAAAGGAGCUCUGCCCCUCGGCCAGGCUCAUGAUGCGCCCGGAUGGCACGAAAGAGGCAUGAUGCUUGAUAUGGCCAGACACUGGUUCCCGGCCGACUUCUUGAUUGAGAUGUGCUCGUACAUGUCCUUCUUCAAGCAGAACACUCUCCAGGCCCAUCUAAGUGACAAUCUCUACAACAAUGCUGUGAUAUACUCGUACGAACGCCAGAUGGACCUGUAUGCAGCGUUUCGUCUCUUCUCCGACGACCCUAGAGUCGAGGGCCUCAACAGACGCCAGAACGAGUCAUACACGCGCGAGGUUUGGGAUGACAUUCAGACAAGAUGCGCCGCCAGGGGUGUAACUAUCCUGCCUGAGAUUGAGGCGCCGGGCCACGCACUUGUCUUCUCGCAGUGGAAGCCUGAGAUUGGCAUGACCUCCGACUACAGUCUGCUGAAUGUGUCGCACCCAGAUACCAUUCCUGUGAUGAAAGAGGUGUGGGAAGUCUUCUUGCCGUGGUUCCAGAGCAAAGUAGUGCAUAUCGGUGCUGAUGAGUACCGCGACAACUCGCUCACGGAAGACGAGCUCGCUGAUGAGUAUACGCUCUUCUGCAACGAGCUAAAUAAGUUUAUCAAGGAAAAAUCGGGAAAGCAGACGUAUAUCUCCCGAGGCGCGCCGGGCGCGAAGCUGUUUAGACCAUACAUUUUCGACUCAACAAACGCGACAAACAAUGCGGCCCAAGAGGAGGCGAUGAUCGAGGGCCACAUUGCACCGCAGUGGUUUGACUACGGCCCCAACGGCACGACCGUGCUGGAGGCGUACUGGGCCUGGAGGAACGGGUUGCCUGCUCUCGCUGACAAGCAAUGGGGUGGCGAGCUAACGGAGGAGGAGUAUGCGGGCUUGUUCGAGGCGCUGCAGCCCUUCGUGCCGGAUCAGAACCUGGAUCGAAGAAUCCCAAGCCAGGGGCCGACGAUCCUAGAUUACGACUUUGCGACGGGACGCGGAUGCCAGGGCAAGUUCAAGGAUGUGUCGGAGAACAGGUACCAUGCGGCUUCGAGCUGCGGCAGCACCGACGAGGGUGUUAUCUUGCAAGAGGGAUGCGAGGUCACGACGCCUCUGUCUUCCAAGGGCCGCAAUUACACCAUGUCGUUCUCGAUCAAGCCGACGUCUGAUGCCAAAGGUCCGAUCUUCACUGGAGGUGACAGUGCACUGUGGCACGGGAAUGGCACAGUCGACUCGGUCAUGGCGUGGUCGGGAGACAACUUGUACGCGCUGAACUACACGUUCCCCGUAGGCGAAUGGACGAAUGCGAGCCUGAUUGCCAAGGGAGACCGUACCUUCCUGGACGUGGGUGAAGGAGAGCCGAUGGAGUUCAAGACCAUCCUGGGCAUCAUUGGGACGAGCUUCAAGGAGAAGGAAGGGGGGGAGUCAGUCGUUGUUGUCAUUCAAGUGCUGUUGUUGGCAAGAACUGUUGUUGGCAAGAACGUCAGGCCGUGGACCCAUACAGUGCUGAAACCAUGUCUUGACCGUGCACUACGCAUUAAUCAUGCCAUCUUCACCUGCCUCUCACCUGCCGCCGCGCCGCGCCGUGACGCGACACGACCAUCGAUUUUCGUGCAGCUGGACGCACAUACAGUAAUGACAACACCACGACCUCCUCGCGUGUCAUCGGGAGAAGCAUCCAUUCCCAGGGGGCGUCAGGCCUAUGCAGAGGGCCAGUACAAGACGGCAAUCGAGCACUUCACCCUUGUUGCCAACGCUUGUUCCUGCAACCGGGGAGGCCGGCGUGAACGAUGCAAAUGUAAGGACUUUGAGAAGGUCGCCCAAGAUGGUGCAUCUAUCUUCAAGGAGGCCAUGCACAAAUGCUCCUGCGAUGCUUCCAGAAAAUACAAAAAGUGCCACGAGCCUUCACACAUCCAGGCUUUGGACUAUCGCGCCGCCGUCUUUGAGAAAAUGGGCCGGCUUGAUCUGGCCAAGAAGGAUGCUGCAUGGUUGCUGGAGAUAGCGCCGAGGUCACUCGAGGUUGCAUAG